UUCUGUUGCUUUCUUCGAGCUCUUCCGCAGCGUCAACCAGGAAGUGACGUCCCAUGAAAGCGAAAGUGGACUAAUCCAGUAGUAUUGAAGGCAAAGCUCAUCGCGCAGUUGUUUGUUUUUACUCAGCGCGGAGCGGAGAGGAGAGGCGCGGAGUUGUGUAACGGUUACGGUUUUUUAAUCUUCAUUGCAUCUUUCCAGCCUCUUGCCAUGGCUCUGUGCAGUAGCGUCGGAGCCUUGGCGUUACCCAGCGAGCUUAUCGUUCACAUAUUCUCCUUCCUGUCAGACCGUGACAAGCUCCGGGCCUCGGCCGUAUGCUCUCGCUGGAGGGAGUGUCUCUUCUACCCUGCGCUGUGGACGGAGCUCAAGCUGCGCGUCGGUGGCGGAACCAACGGCGGCGGAUCUGGACCGGAACAAACCCCGCGGUUAGAGUUCCUCAUGCGCAAGUUCGGCUCGUUCGUGCGGGAGCUGCAGCUGGAGUUCGCCCCGCUGGACGGAUGUUUAAGCCCGCUGCAGCACGGAGUGGAAGCCGUCGAGAGUUCAUCUGGUCUCUUGUUUACAUUUGCAAGACACGAGACUCAUACUACUACUUUUUUUUUCCUCUAUAGAAAUCUCCAGAAGCUGAGUCUCUAUGGGGACACAUGCAUUCUUCAGGAUGAUGGCAUUUUGGACAGCUCUUACCUCAGCCAGGUCGACCAAGGGGGCAAGAAAAUGAAAGAGAUGCAGCAGCUCUUCGAAGAGAUCCUGUCCAACAGCAGGCAGUUGAAGUGGUUGUCGUCUGCGUUCAUGCUCGGUGUGGUGACCCCCUGCUCUCUGGCCUCUCUCUCCAACCCCAGCACCAGCUCCCUCGAGCACCUCAGUCUGAUCGACAGCCAGCUGCCCAGCCUGAUUUCCACCAUCGAACUGGAAAGGCUCACUAACCUGCAGUCUCUGUCUCUAGACUUCUGCGAUUUCACCUCAGACAUGUGCUGUCUCCUCGCUGGCGGUGACCGAGCGCCCCUCCACCGCCUCUCCCUCUUGCUCAACGGCACUGCUUUGGACGUCAAGCCUUUGGAUGGUACCGCCACCGAGGACGAUUGGAAAGCCCUGGUCCGUCGCAGCACCAACCUCCGCGUCUACAUCAUGGCGAUGGAUGUGUGCAGCCAGGACCUUCUGCGUGUGCUGAAGCCCAGCGUGCCCCUGGAGCGGAUCCAUUUGGACAGCUACAGCACGCUGGUGACGGAUGGUGUCGUGGAGCUCAUCUCACAGCAGUACCACAAAACCCUGAGCCAUUUCAUCUUGAUGAGAGAUGACGCUGGAUUCCCAGACCUCAGCGUCAACCGCAACGAGGACCCACUGGUUCUCCUCGCCUGGCGCUGUGUGCACCUCGCUGUCCUGAUCAUCCAUGGCUACACUGUGUGGUCGCACAACCUGGUGGCCAUCUCUCGCCUGCGUGGGUCCAACCUCAAAGUCCUGGAGGUGUCCGAAGAGAGCAUCGACUUUGACCCGGACCAGUCGGUGCACAUCGAGGGCGACCCCGUCCACAACCUAGUCAAGGAGGUGUCCCUGGGCUUGGGCCGCGUCUGGCAUGCCUCCAUAGACAACAGCUUGGUCCUGAACGAACCCACUCAGCACUUCCACCGUGAGAUGCAGAGUUUCAGCGCGGGCAUGUAGACGCAAACCCCCUCUCUAACCCUGUGCUUGGUGAUCUUUCACUAAAUGGGCCCUUCUCAUUUUACAUAGUUUUUUUUUUUCUUUCAUUGCUUUUUGAUUUUGUUUUUGUUUAUUCUUGUAGUGUGAAUUUAAUCCUUUAUAUGUGCUGUGUUUAAUCAGUAUUAGCUCUAUAUUUAUAUCUAUAUCUAUAUAUCCUGCUUAUAACUAGGAAAGUAUAGUUGGGUAUUGGUUUAGUAGCUAAUUGAGUGAAUGGUAGAGAGGGGCUUUUAUACAGCUAGCUUACAAGUUGUACAGUGAGUUGUUCAUUCUCUCGCUUUGUCUGUUUGUUGGUUUCCCCCUAGAAAGUGUGGAGUUACCUCAAACUAUCAAUUGAUCCUUCUUGGCUUCUGCAACGACGAAAUCCCACGUUCACGUUGACCUUUUUAUAGGGAGAUUAGUCUUCUAGCCAAGGGACAGGACUGAUCCACAGCAGUUACGACACUUCCUCAUUGUUCCUCAAUAUGUAAUUGUUAUUCAGAAAUGAGGAUUGGUGGAAACAACGUGUUUGGGACGCAGAUCCCGCUGGAUUUUCUCAACCUGGAAGUAGACGCACCUCUGCUGGUGAAACCAAUCGUAGAGGUUUUCAGUCUGGUGUUUGACACCUGCAUGCUGACCGCCCUGCAGCACAAUAUCUGGGCCCAGCCAUAGGUGUUUUGUUCCUUUUCUUGUUUUCUUGUGUGUUGUUGUUUUAAGAAGUCCUUCCCGUCUGUCUCAGGUAGGCAAAAAUUAUAUGACAAGGAAGAUGAAGAUGAAGGUUAAGAUAUUUUGGUAAGAGUGAAAACAAUCAGCUGUUCCGUCAGUUUUAAUUGUUCUUCUUGAGUCACAGUUGCCUUGAACUCCCCCUUACUACUUCAUAAUCAAUGUGAUUUUGGCCUCGGCCUCAGUCGGUUCGGAGUUAACGUCUUUGUAAUUCCCUACUGAAGUGCGUCAACUCGAUGGUAAUUGAGGGUGAACGCGCUCCGAACGGAUUGAAUCCAGGCCGUGGUAUUUCAUCUGUAAAGCAUUAGAUGGCGGGAGACAGACGUUUGCUUGUUCCAUAUCUCAGGAUUCCUGCACUUGCGGUACUUUUCCAGCCGAAAGCUUUUGUUGAAGCUUCGUUCAAAGGGUUGGCGUGCUCGAUGGGCAAGACUUUGUAGUGUUUUUGGAGGAAAGAUAGCUCUUCCAAAAGAAUGCGCUUUAGAA